CAGAUUUUUAUGGGUUUCAUUUUAAAAUAGCAGCAAUGAUGGUUAUAUAUUAACCAAUAUGAUUACAACAAUUUCUUUUAAAAAGCCAACGACAUGCUUGAUGGGAUAUCUAUUGUGCCCUCUUCUGAUCUUCCUCAAACAACAGAUGUGUUAUGGUUGCUGAUUAUUCACGUGCUAUGAGAAGAGACUAAUCAAUCAAAGCUUUUAGUCAAGUUGAAGGAGAAAACUGAUCUCACUAUUGAAGCCACCGACUGGACAAUGAAGAGACCAUCAAUUGUACGCGUCAUUUUCCUUAUCGUCAUAUCUAUUACCACUGCCUCGGGUUCACCAGACCAUGGAGAAGUUGAGGACGAAACGGAGUUUAACUACGAGAAGGGAGGAGAGAAGGGGCCAGAGAAAUGGGGAACACUAAAGCCAGAAUGGAAAAUGUGUGGAAACGGCACGAUGCAGUCACCUAUUGAUCUUACGGACAAAAGAGUCUUCAUUGAUCAUAAUCUUGGACCGUUACGCAGCCAUUAUUUACCUUCUAAUGCCACCAUUAAGAACAGAGGCCAUGAUAUCAUGUUGGAAUUUGAAGGAGGGAAUGCAGGCAUGGGUAUAACUAUCAAUGGUACUGUAUAUCAACUUCAACAGCUUCAUUGGCACUCUCCUUCCGAACACACCAUCAACGGCAAAAGGUUUGUUCUCGAGCAACACAUGCUUCAUCAGAGCAAAGAUGGACGCUUAGCCGUUGUGGCGUUCUUGUACAGCUUGGGACGACCUGACUCUUUUCUCCUUUCGUUGGAAAAACAAUUGAAGAGGAUAACUGAUGCACAUGAGUCCGAGGAUUUUGUCAGUUUGAUUGAUCCUAGAGCAGUCAAUUUCAAAACAAAAUUCUAUUACAGAUAUUUAGGAUCACUUACAACUCCUCCAUGUUCUGAAAACGUUACUUGGUCCAUUUCUAGAGAGAUGAGGACUGUGACAUUGAAACAGUUGGACUUGCUUCGCGUGUCUGUACACGAUCAAUCUAAUACGAAUGCUAGACCGCUUCAACGGCUAAACGGGCGUCCCGUGAAAUUUUACUUACCAGCAUGGCAUAUUUAACCAAUCCGAAGUUGUUGUUCACUCUAUUUGAGCUUGGUUAAACCUAGUUUCAUGUUAAUCUCUUAGUUUUAUGUACUGAUAUCCAAAACAGAACACUAAGGCUUUGUGAUUUGUAAACUUUGGUUACUUUUAUUUUAAUGCAUCAAAUUUAGUCAAAAAAAAAAAGAACACUAAGAAGAAAUUGUUUUGAGUUCAUUUUAGAGUGAGAGAUAUCACUCAAAAGUUGAGUAUGUAGUUCUUCUUCUUCAUUUUUUUUUUC